AACCUCACUAAAUAUUAUGGAGACAAUUGUGCAGUAAAGAAGAUUACAUUUGGCGUGCGAGGGGAAGACUGCUUUGGUUUAGUUGGUGCCAGCGGAGCCGGUAAAACUUCAGCCUUUGACAUCAUAACUGGGACACGAUUCGCUAAUUUUGGUAGUGUUUACAUAGGAAACCAAUUUGUGAAUCGUACUCAGGGUAUUGGCUAUUGCCCUCAGUUUGAUGCCAUGUUACCCAGACUUUCCUGCAGACAAAAUAUGACAAUCAUCGCAGGGCUUAUAGGUUAUAAGAAACCACAUUUGAUCGUCAAUGAAAUGCUUCGUUUUCUCGAUUUAAACACACAUGCAAAUAAAACUUUUGGUCGUUGCAGGUAA